AUGCAGCCUGAAAGUAGCCGAAGUCUUGUGAUCCCACAAGUUUUCGUGUUUUACCUGCAAUCCGAUUUGGUUCAUGGAGUUUCUCUUUCAGCGAAUGUGAUCAUGAGCCAGUCGGAGUGGCGAGAGCUGGAAAGUGACCCUGGCCUCUUCACCUUAUUGCUUGAGGACUUUGGUGUGAAGGGAGUGCAGGUUGAGGAAAUAUAUGAGCUCUCCGAGGAGAUCAAGGAAACUGUGUAUGGCUUCAUCUUCCUAUUCCGUUGGGACAGUUGCAAGAAAAAGGCAAGUCGGCGUAGUGGCAGAGGUUCAGCGGGUUCAGCGGCUUCGUUUUUCAACACAACUGUAACACAAUCAGCAAGCACUUUUGGCCAGUCGACAAAUGACUUGUUCCGUUCUGGUGGGAAUCUGCAAAAGGAAUCGUCUGGAGCUCGCAUUCGCUCUACAUCUGGUUCGAUCGGGGAAGCACAAUUCUCACUGGGAUUGGAUGAGAAUGAGCGCAUUGAAGGUUCAGAUAUCCCGAUGCACCAGAUGUCCUCAACUGAGUCGAACGAACUCUUUUUCGCUCGCCAGACGGUUCAAAACUCAUGUGCUACCCACGCCCUCUUAAGCGUACUCCUCAAUAGACCGGAACUGGAUCUUGGUCCAAUGUUGAACGAGUUCCAGCGUGCCACUCGGUAUCUCCCCCCGGAGGCGAAGGGUAUGGCUAUCGGAAAUAUGCCUCAACUGGCACAGGCUCACAAUCGGCACGCAGCACCACCAAUUUCUGUCAGUCUGGAUUCAGCUCUCUCUCCGCCUCCGAUGCCCGAGCCUUCUGAGGCCGCUGCAGCCGCCGCGUCAGCAGCCUUAGCAAGCACCCAGGGGACGCCGUCGAACUCGCUUUCGGCGACUGACUCUUCUUCCAGUACGGGCGGUCGAACUGAGUCUGCCCAAACAGAUACCUUUCACUUCGUUUGUUAUGUACCCUUUGGUGGCUUUCUGUACGAACUUGAUGGCCUCAAAUCGGAUCCAAUCAAUCACGGCCCUUUGCGUGACCCGAAAAUUCCGAAUGCAUGGACAACACAGUGUGUGGAAAUUCUUAGGCAACGUAUGCAGGAAGUAAGUUUGCUUUUUUACUGUGAGUUUUAUGGAUUUUGCUGUGGGGAUGGAUUGAUACAGCCUAUGGCAGUCGUGCCGGACCGUCGACUGCACCUGACUAAACGCAUGUGCAAAUUAGAACAGAAUCGUCGGACGAUCGAGAAUAUACUAGUUGAGAAGGCUCGUUUUGAGGCGGAACAACAAGCGGCUGUAUGUCAAUCCCUGACUAAUGGCCCUCUCCAGGAUUCGCCAUCCGCGUUUGUUGAUUCGACAACUGGCCAAUGUACCAGGUUGAAAUGUGAAGAUGUCGCGCCCUCUCCUUCUUGCAGAACAGGCACACCACAAGUUAGUAGUUUUGCAGGCGACCUCACCAGCAACGGAGCUCCUGAAUCAACGGCCGUGUCAAACACGGGUGAUCGACUUUCCCCUGGGGACAGCAGUCGCAGUGUACAGACGCGAUCUUCCACUCGUGCAGCUUCUGCAAGUGUCUCGAGACAAACGGAACAAACUAGCGGUGAAAUGGCAUGUUCGGACAGCGACCAACCCAAACCUACCGCGAAUCACAAUUCCGUCGCGAAUCCACCACGUUCCUCAACCGAGAUUUCACGUAAACGUCCCUCGUUCAACACAAUGCUUGAUGAUGUGGAGUGGACCUGCGAUCGAAAGAAAAGCCUACUCGAGCCAAAUCAAACGCAUCCCCUGGUUACUACUAAACAUUCUGAUCCUAGUGCUGAUUCGACGGACUGUAGCGCGUCUUCCGAUNAAGCUACUCGCUUCAAUUUUUCGGCAGAUUCACCUUUAUUAUCCACUUUGACCGAAACUGUGGUGGCCGAAGCGAAAACGUACGACGUUGACCUGAAGGACGAUGAUCGUUUUGCAACGAAAUCAGAGGGCAUUGUAAACUAGGGCAUUGUAAAUUGCGAGACCACUCUGGGCCGGGAGGAACUAUGUAGUUCGCGAUCGGACGAUCGAAAAUGUUCUCCAAGUGGGUUCUUUCAAAGCCACUCCGGUUCUGUGUCCUUGAUAAAGAAAGAGCUGGAGUCGGAAAAUGGAGGCCUCUGUUCACCUGGCCUCAGGGUCUCCACAUCCUAUCCGAACUGCGUGACCUGUAACCAUACGGGUGCUGGGAACCAAGUGGGCUUUUCGCAAAAUCACCUUCUUUCAGACGAGUUAACGAAACCUCUUACUGUGGAUACGGAGUUUUGGCAUUCGACGACAUCCUAUGCUCCAUCAGCUAGGUACCAACCCCGCAAUGGCCUUGACAAACUGGAUUCCCCUGAAAAAUUGAACGAUCUGCGACCACGGACGCGUGCAUUAACCAGAGCUCGUGUCAAUAACAAUGCGAACCGAUCGAAUAACCUCAGUAGUAACAAUGCUUCGACUACAACCACUGCGUUGCUGUUGAGGUCACAACGGACAGCGAGCGAUGCAGCGCUCAUCUGUAAAGCUUCGCCCGUUCUCGUGUCUUCCCCGAUCCACUCACCCCCUACUCGAGUCGAGGUCCCCGACAGGGAGGAUCGCACAGGCUCUCCUGUUCCUGAAGAACAAAUCACCGCAGUAACUUCAAAUCGUGGUACGUCCAAAAAACUACCAUACUUGGUAUUACAAUGCUUCACUCCAACCACUGCGUUUCUGUUGAGGUCACAACGGACAGCGAGCGAUGCAGCGCUCAUCUGUAAAGCUUCGCCCGUUCUCGUGUCUUCCCCGAUCCACUCACCCCCUACUCGAGUCGAGGUCCCCGACAGGGAGGAUCGCACAGGCUCUCCUGUUCCUGAAGAACAAAUCACCGCAGUAACUUCAAAUCGUGCUCGUUUGAACGGUACGGAUCGUCUUUGCUCGACUCGUCCUGCUUCCAAGUAUCCAACACGUUCCUCAACCAGACGGGAUACCCUUGCCUCGCACAAUCUGGCCCAGUUUCGAUCCCAGCUUUCGGUGAUUAAUUCCUACUCCUCCACGAGUAACAACAGUAAUGCUCUGACCUCAUCCUCAACAGUGAUUUCAAACUGUCUUAGCGAUACUCUUCAUCCUGACUACUUGGAGGGGAAAACAGACUCCCCGCUCUUGCACAACCCAACGGUUACCACGCGGUCUUUGGACUGCCUUGGGAACAACAAUUCGCCUUUGACGAUUGGGGAACUUCAGGUUUUGCUGAAGAAGAUCAAGGAACAUUGGAAUCAUUGUAGCGAUGCAUUGAUGGAAGAAGAGACGAAACGACAUACCUACCGAAUUGACGAUGCUCGUCGGGUUCACGAUUAUGUGCCUUUUAUCCGGGCCUACUUACGUGCUUUGGUCAAACACGAUAUGCUACACACCCUUGUCCUACAAGCUCUGCAGUCCGCCAAUUCCGGUAGCCCCAAUACUUCAGCCCUUUCUACGACAGGUAAUCGGAACAGCCCCAGAGUCCCGUCCACUGGCUUCAAAACUAACUCGCGACAAAGCGAAAUGGACAGUCGCUCAGCCAACAACUGCUUCACGAACUGUUCGGCUGAGCGAUCCACUCCCAAUCAUGGUGCUACUCCUGUCAAAUCAAUGUUGAAUUCCGUCCAUCCUAAUCGAACUCGUUUAAGAGCAAGGACACGACUAUCGUUAACCACUCCUUCAAACUCUGUAGCAGCGCAGACUAAUUCUGUUCACGUCACCAGGAAAUCCAGGACCUUGAGCGAAAGUUCUACGGAAAGAUUACAGAUUUCUGUGACCGACGAAGGAUUUCUAGAUUCUGCGGUCUCUACCAUUGAGGAUGUACCGACUGAACAGCCACUGUUUGCCUCAGCACCCUCAAACUCACCUGCAUAUGUGAGCAGUGUGAAUAAAACGCUCGCUCUGUCUGAGUCUGGCAAUUGCCAAUCCGAAGGUGAUAGUACAUCUGAAUUGCCGACAGAUUCCCAUUCUACUGCAAGCACAAUUGGCGUGAAAAACCCGUCCGAUUUUGGUGAAGCCGGCUCGGUACCUGCAGUUUCCUAUUCACCCGUGAUGUCCUCAACCAAUACAGGUGCUUCUUACUCAUCCUGUGGAUCACCCCCUCAAUCUCCCCAGUCCACAAGUUCUUCAAGGUCAACCUACCUACGACCGCGCCCAUUCAUUUCCAACACACAAACUGUACCAGAAGGGAAUAUUUCCCGAAAAUCCUUAAGACCACGAGCACAGGUGGACCAAAAUGCAACAGAGAGUCAAUCAGAGUCCGGUGAAAGCGAUGGGCGGAAGUCUCGACCUAGUGGCAGAUCUUCCCUUAGACGUAAAAUCCCGUAUGCACUGGUGAAAGAUCUCGAUGUGGGGAACGGAUGUAAACCGGCUGGGUCACCCAGUACCCUUAUUUCUUCUGUACCUGAUCGUUUCCGCAAGCGCCGUCUAUGUUAGUCAUACAAUCAGUGCCAGGGCUUCAUGUAUCCCGCUUCCACUUUGUAUAACCCAGUCCUGUAACACAGAGCAGUUGAGUCCCUUCUUCAUUUCACGCACACGUUUUAUAAGCAGUGCGUAACUGGCUACUCUGUGUGCCCAUCAAUGAAUGCUCUUCUCGUGUGUUCUCCGCCACUAUCAACCUUUGGGGAUCCGGUCAAGUGCGUUGGCGAUAUGUCCCAGUGAAGUAAUCCAAAUCUGCGCUGUUGUGAUUGACUACGUUAUUCUUUCACUGAUCUUUCCGCGCCUCGCUCUGUUCACAGACUCUGUCUCUGUCGCACACCUAUACGUGCAUACCCGCGUCCGUUUCCAUACAGCAAUCACCCCCUCCGUGUAAAUCAAAACGGACUUGGAAUUCUUCGAGUGCGGGUUCCCGCCGAUACUGUGUUGUCGCACUUUUUUCCUCAGUUUGUCUCGUCGCUGAUUUAAGUGGAUCGACGCAAUUCGCACAGACCCAACUUGUGAAUUUGUCAAAUUCUAUGUAUCUCUAGCAAUCAAUUCUUUUGUACAUUGUUCAAUACUUUAUUGUAA